CGAUCUCUUCGCGUUACCGAUGAGCCCGCGCAGUCCGGAGAUGACCAAGAGUCCGUUCAGCUUCGCGGCGCAGGAUGUCGGGCGGUAUGCCAAAGGCGAGCGAGCGUGAGGGAUAAGAAGGGAUGGGAUUCUCAGAAGACGGCAUUUGCGAUGCUGUGGAAAUGACGGAAAGAAGCUCCACUGGCACUCACCAGCACAGGGCCGAUGGCUUGGAAAUCAGCACUGGCGUGGUCAAUGGCCUGGGCUUGGUGUUCAUAAGGCUCUUGGAGAAAUGUCGCUACAAAGCUUUUAAGGGAAAUGUCAAGGGUUCUCAACCAAGGCUUAGGCACAAUAUACAAGCUCAUCUCGAACGUUCCAAGGGCGUUCGUACGCAUGGGGCGCAGUCCCAAGACACUCUUGCUCCGAUAGAUGGACGCUGGGGUAGGCAUAAUGGACAUUUCCCAGGAAACCAGAGGAGCAGGAGCCGGCACGGAUCUUUGUUUCCCCGCCUCAUCAGCAUUACGAUAGUGGCCAUCAUUGGGUUGACACCAGUCCCAAGAGGUGGAAGGGAUGGCAGGUCUUGUCUCUUUCAUGGGGAAGAAAUCACGAAUAUUCUUAUGUAUAUACCACCAUCAUCACCACCACCAUCAUCAUCAUCAUCAUUGUUGUUGUUCCAUCUACCAUAUGAAACCCCUCCGUCAAAUUUAUCGGCGUGAACAUCACCCUUACGUCGAAUCGUUUUUUCUAUCAUCACAGUCGGCAUAGCGCGUGGGGACGAGAUCUCCAGGGUGCAUACAUAGCUCGUAGAGGGGGAAGGGGGAAGGGCAUAUGGAAAAGACAGGCGUCGAU